AAACUAAAGGACGCCGUGGCAUGGGGUCUGGACCAGUUCCUUUCCCCCCAUAGAAACCAAAACUCAUCAUUCGGAUUAAAAGAAUCCAGACCUGUUACAGGUCUUUCCUCAUUUAGCAAAGCGUCUUCUACCUACUGCAGUCAAGGAAGACCUUUUGUUUCCGACAGACUGGCUUCAGCUUCCUCUUUGGUAUCUGGAUGAUUCCAGAGGGUAAUAAGAUAACCAGCUGACUGGCAAACAGCUGAUGUGUCCUCACAUGAAUAUAUUGCAGAACUUUAAUUUGAUGUGGUACCCAUGUAAAUUAUUACUCUUGCAAGAGCUACUAAAGUUGGUCUGUCUUAGAUACAGCAUUAUUUUUUUAUAGAUUUUUUUCCUUUUUUCUUCUUUUUUCCUUGGGGAAGUGAAGGCAAAAGCUCACAUUUCCACCUCACCGUCAUUCCUUUCCAGACUCUGUAGAAUCUGAGGAUGUGACUUUGGAAAGCACGGAAAUGUCCCAGGAUCAGCUGCUGAGCUACCAGUUGAUGUUUCCCAUCGACCAGGACAAAUCCAUCCCCUGGAACGCCAUCACUGCAUACGAAAACAUGAAAGCAAAGAGAAUAGCUGAACUCAAGAAAUGGAGAGAGCAGGGACCUUGUCAGAAGGAGCUCUACCGAGCCCUGUAUAAAUUGGCUAAAGCCCAGCAAAGGAGCGGAGGGGAGAUGUACAAAUUCUAUUUGCCCAACUGCAACAAGAAUGGAUUUUACCACAGCAAACAGUGUGAAACUUCGCUGGAUGGAGAGUCUGCUGGAUGCUGGUGUGUCUAUCCGAAAAAUGGAAAAAGAAUUCCUGGAUCUCCAGAAUUGAAAGGAGACCCCGAAUGCCAACAAUAUCUCAGUUCACAAGAAUAAAACUGAACACAUUCAUUCACACCACACUUUCCGGGGGGCCUGAUCGAGCUUUCAGUUAGAAGCUGUUUCAGUAAGGUAGUUAUGUGGUAGACGUUCAGCAUAUGAGUAACCCCAUAAAGUAGCUUUUUUACUGCACUGUGAUUACUCAGCUGCUCGAGUAACAGUCAGAUAUGAGCAACUGCAAGAUCAAGUCCUACACUCUUGUAUAUUAUGUUUGUAUAAUAUUAUAGACACCCUCGUAUGUAAAGCUGUUGAAUUAUUUAUUUCACAGUAAAUGUAUUUUUGUCUGUAUGUUGUUACUAAUUUAUAUCCUCAAACACUUCAUAACUUUAUAUGUAAAUACUUAAUAUUAUUGCUCUUAAAUGUAUGUAUCCUAUGUUGGAGGAAUGUUGCUACUUAAAACUUCAAAUGGCAUAACUCUGUUGGGAGAAAUGGCUUGUAAACUUGCAUUUUUGUACUAUGUAUUUAUAGAUGUAAAACUGAAUUUGAAAAAAUAGCUUUCAGUAGAGAACAUGCUUAGGAACUUAUUUAAAACCUGUUUUGUUUAUAUAUCAUGUUGCUUUUGCACCUCUGUUUCAAUGUCAAACUGUUUCUUAAAAAAGAAAGUCUAAACCUGGAUUAUAUACUGAAGCACCUAAUGGGACAAUAUUUGUUUCUAUUUUCCAAACAUAUGCACUGGCUAUAUGGUAACACACAGCAGGAUAUUCUGUGCAACCUUUGACAGGUGUAAAUUGUUCACAUGUUGGUAUUAUCAUGUUAUUUAAGAUGCUCUAUUAAA